AUGGCUUCUCGUAUAAUCCUACCAAUUGUUCAAAAUCUGUUUUUCUUACUCACAAUUAGUUUAUUUUUUCUUGGAAUUGUUGCAUAUUUCUUUCGACAUGAAUCAAACUAUUGUGAAAUGACAUAUAUGUUUGAAAAUCCUACAUAUCAUCGAAUAUCAAUGCCAGAUGAUAUUGAAAUUCGUUAUCGUCGUUAUGGACUUUAUUCCUAUUGUGAAGGUAGUCGAUGUGAAUUACAUCGACAAAAUGUAUUUACAGGUUCUCCUGUUUUAUUUAUUAUUGGUAAUGCUGAUAGUUAUCGUCAAGUUCGUUCACUUGGUUCGGUUGCUUAUCGAAUGGGUGAUAAACCAAAUCAUUUAGAUUUUUUUUCAAUUGAUUUUAAUGAAGAAUUAUCAGCUUUAUUCGGUGGUGUAUUAGAACAACAAACUGAAUUUGUUGCUUAUGCUAUUAAACAAAUUUUAUCAUUAUAUAAAACAGAGAAAACUAUUAUCCUUGUAGGAAAUUCUAUUGGUGGUCUUCUUUCUCGUGCUGUUUUUCUACAACCAUCUAAACGAUUUGAUCCAAAUACAGUACGUCUUAUUAUUACACAAGCAACACCUCAUCAAGCUCCAGUUAUUCAUUCGGAUAAUAAUGUUAUUGAAUUUUAUUCUCGUGUUAAUAACUAUUGGAAAAAUGAAUGGAAUAAUUCACUUCAACAUCUUGUUCUUGUAUCGUUAGCUGGUGGUGAUCGAGAUCAUCUUGUACGAAGUGAUCUAUGUUCAUUAAAUGGUUUAACUGAUGAAAGUCGAUCGAUUGAUGUUUUAACAAGUUCUGUACCACAUGUAUGGACAUCAACUGAUCAUCGUUGUAUUGUCUGGUGUCGACAAUUAGUCUUAACAACAACACGAGCAUUACUUGAAAUAAUUCAAGAUAAAAAACAACAUCCUCAACAAUUUAUGAAAAUACUUAAAAAACAUUUUUUUCCAACAAUUGAUUUUAAUCUCGGCCAUAAUACCACAUUAAAUUCCAAAACAGAACCUAUUCUUAUUACAGAAUCAAGUACAUCAGUUACUGGCAAAAAUCAACAUGAUUAUUUAAUUCGAUUGAAAGAUGCAAAAUUUCAUACGAUUAUUAUUCAUUCAACUAAAGCAAAAAUAUUUUUAAAAAAUGAUAAUAAUAUCAUUGAUAUAACUAAAACUUUAAUACCUAUUCCACCAACUUAUAGUGAUCGUAAAAUGAUUCGAUUUAAUCUGAAAAAAUUAGAUCAUGAUAUUAAAAAAUAUGAUUCAAUUCUUAUUCAUCUUGAACAUGUAAAAUCUCAAGCUGAUAUAUAUCAAAUUGAAAAUAGUGAACAAACAGUUGAACUUUCAACUUUUGGUUCACAAACAUUAUCUUUCAAAAAAACGGGCUAUGUAAAACUUGUCUUUCCAACAUUGACACAUCUCUGGCAAGUUUAUAAUGUUUAUUUAUCAUCAAAUAACGAACAAAUCCCAUUAAUACAUUUUCAUGUUCCAUGGUCAAACGAAGAUUUAUACAAUUUAGUUUCAUUACGUAGUCCUUCGGAACCAUCAAAGAAUCUGCCAAAAUCUCUUCAUCGUCAAAUGCGUUUAAAACUUCAUCGUUUACCUCAAUCUUCAUCUAAUAAUAAUCAAUAUCCAUCUCUUGAACUUUUUCUCGAUCCAAAUUCUUCAUAUACACUUGAAAUUAAUUAUUCAUUUCUUGAUAUAUUAUCUCAAUUAAUACGUUAUUAUAUAUUUUUAUUACCAACAUUUCUAUUUACUGUUCUAUGUAUAUCAUAUUCACUUCAAAUGAAUGAUACUCGUCUUCGAGUCUAUCAAACAAUGCUUGCAUGGCAAAUACAUUUACCCAUAGCUUUAUUAAUAUCAAUACUCUAUAAAAUUAUUAUUGAAAUAUUUCCAUCAGCAAAUUUUGUUGUUAAUAUUCAUUCCAAUGGUUAUUAUUUUUUCUGUUUACCUUUAAUCAUGUAUUUCCUUGCACUUAGUAUAUGGGCUAUGAUAUCAUUUAUAAUUGAUUAUCUUAUAUUGGAUUUCGUUCGUGAAUUAUUAAAUCCAGCACUUGUUCUUGUUCAUAGUGAAAUUCAUCAACAAACAAAAUAUGUUCAUUUAAUUCAAUGGGUUAUAUUAAUAUUACCUUUAUUAACAACAGUUACAUUUAGUGGUUCAAAUGGUCAUAUAACAUUAUUUAUAUUAGCGUUAAUCCAUGUUGUUUGGCGUGGAACACUUAAUCGACGUUUAAGAGAAAUUUUAACAACACUACUUUUAUUUCAUGGACUUUUAGUUGCUCUUAAUUUAACAGGAUUUAUUGUUCAUGUAAAAACUGUUUUUGCACAAGGAUUAUUACCAUUAUAUAUAAUUAUGUCUGAUCCAUCAUUUUUAUCAGCAAUAUGUUGUAUAGGAGCAUUCUAUCUUCGAUUUAUAUUAGAUCGAACACAUUUAAAUAUCAUUCAAAAAAUAAAAACAAUACUUUAUAAACAUAAUCGACUUAUUUUAGUUUCAUUAGCAUUGAUUAGUCAAUUUUGUUGUUCGUAUUCGAUGUAUUAUCUAUGGAUAUUAAUUUCAUUUAUAUUUAUUCAUGCAGCUGUGAUAUUCUUUGUUCCAAUACAUCAAGAAUAA